AUGACAACUGACCCUCUCGGCUUGGUUGCCUACGGUUUCUCCGAUCUCUUUACAUUUUCUUAUACAGCAUCUACGAAUAAUCUAACCAUUCAUCAGAAUAAUUCACUCUCUCCUUCAACAUCAUUCCUACCAUAUGCUGUUAAUUACGACGGCAGUCGCGGUAUUAUUGCUGGCUUUCUUGACAAUAAUCGAACUUCACGUGUCAAAUAUAGUGCAACUGUUAUUCUAUUUAGUAUCAAUGCAUCAACAACCAUUGCUAUACCGAUUGAUUUGUGGAAGUAUCCAACGAAUGGUACAACAUGGCAGGCUGGACGAACGAAUGCAGGCGCUGAUAAAAAUGAUCCUAAAUUCGACAUUCGACUUGGUAUUCCUACACCACCUUUCCAUUUCUUCUUUGGUCAUUUUAAAACGUUAUGGAGUAGUGAAUCCUUUCAUCGUCAACUUCAAAAUUGGACGAAAGAAUAUGGCAAAAUCUACGGAAUUUAUCAAGGAACUGUUCCUACCUUUGUUGUCAGCGAUCCUGAUUUUCUUCAAGAAGUCUUCGUCAAACAAUUUGUUGUUUUUCCGGGACGAAACGACCUUUUCACAGGUGGUAAAAUUCAAAAUGUCUUUACUUCAUCGGGUGCAAAAUGGCGUCGACAUCGUCAUGUAUUAAAUCCAACGUUUUCUGCAGCCAAACUAAAACUGAUGAGUCCUCUAAUCAAUGGAUGUAUUACUAAUGUCAUGGAAAAAAUAGUCGAUCAUGUCACUUCCGAGAAUGAAUUCAAUAUCUACACAUAUUAUAAACGUAUGACAAUGGACGUCAUAUGUCGAUGUGCUUUUGGACUCGACACUGAUUUACAGAAUAAUCCAAACAAUAUGUAUUUCAAGAAAGUGGAAGAGCUCUUUGAUGCUGGCAUUAAAUCGAGUCUUUUUUUCAAACUUCUUCAACUUGUGCCUCAGGUGCAACGUAUUCUUGGAAAAAUCUUUGAUAGCAUCAACAUGGAUGACGUGCAAGAUGGUAGCAAGGCAAACUAUCGACUUACUCGAGAAGAAAUCAUCAGUAAUAUCUUUAUCUUCAUGAUAGGAGGAUAUGAAACAACAUCAACUACUUUGGCUUGUGCAACGUAUGAACUUGCCCGACAUCCAGAAGUUCUUCAGAAGCUUCAGGCUGAAAUUGACCAACUUCCAUUGGCCACUGAUGAUACGGCCGACGAAGAAAUCAAAAAAUAUCCCGAUUAUGAUAUAGUGACACAGAUGCCCUAUAUGGAUAUGUUCCUGUCAGAAGUCUUGAGAAUGUAUCCCAUUGCAAAUCAAGCCAUUCAAAGACGUGCCUUCGAGGAUACAGUCGUACAAGAAAUUAAAAUCGACAAAGGCACCUUAGUGUAUGCUGAUGUCUAUUCCGUCCAUUACGAUCGGGAACUUUGGGGUCCUGAAGAUCCCCAUGUCUUCUUUCCCGAACGUCAUGAAAGAAAACGUCAUCCGCUAGCUUAUCUACCGUUUGGAGCAGGACCACGGCAUUGUAUUGGCAUGCGCUUUGCAUUGAUCGAAAUGAAGAUUCUACUAGUGCGACUGCUACGCGAAUAUUCCAUUCUACCCGGUGAACAUCUCGAAACCAAAUUCAACCUUCGUGAACGAACAGUUCUCGCACCAGAAGCAGUUUGGAUUAAAUUAGUGAAAAGAAAUGAUUGA